CAGCCAGGGAGUCUCCAGAGGUGAGGCUGCUGCUUAAAACCUUGGAGCCAAGACGGGGACCCCACAUCCCCAGGGAGCUCUCUGAGGGGGAUCUGGAGAAGAACAGGGGCGUGUAGGAGCUCUGGGUGAGGUGACCUCUCUGGGGACCUGCAGUGGCCCAUGAUGAUAGCACUUUUAGUCCUGUGCUUGGCCUUGCCUGGCCUCUUGUGUGCCCAACAAGCCUGCUCCCAGGGGGCAUGUUAUCCACCUGUUGGGGACUUGCUCGUUGGAAGGACUCAGCAUCUCCGAGCCUCAUCUACCUGCGGUCUGACCAAGCCAGAGAUCUACUGCACCCAGUACGGACAGUGGCAGAUGAAAUGCUGCAAGUGUGACUCCAGGCUGCCUCACAAUUACAACAGCCACCAAGUGGAGAACGUCGCCUCGUCCUCAGGCCCCAUGCGCUGGUGGCAGUCACAGAACGAUGUGAGCCCUGUGUCUCUGCAGCUGGACCUGGACAAGAGAAUGCAGCUUCAGGACAUCAUGAUGGACUUCAAGGGUCUCAUGCCGGCCGGCAUGUUGAUUGAACGCUCUUCUGACUUUGGCAAUACCUGGAGGGUGUACCAGUAUCUGGCCACAGACUGUGCCAGCACCUUUCCCCAGGUCCACCAGGGCCAGCCCAAGACCUGGCAGGACGUUCGGUGCCGGCCGCUGCCGCAGAGGCCCAACGGGCACCUAACGGGGGGAAAGGUCCAACUUAACCUUAUGGAUUUGGCGUCAGAUAUCCCCGCAUCUCAGAGUAAAAAGAUUCAAGAAUUAGGGGACAUCACAAACCUGAGAGUCAACUUCACCAAGCUGGCCCCUGUGCCUCAGAGGGGCUCCUACCCACCCAGCGCCUACUUUGCAGUGUCUCAGCUACGUCUGCAGGGGAGCUGCUUCUGUAACGGACAUGCCGACCACUGUGCCCCCAACCCUGGAGGCCCUAGAGGUCCCACCACUGCUGUGCAGGUCAGCGAUGUCUGCAUCUGCCAGCACAACACUGCUGGCCCCCACUGUGAGCGCUGCGCCUCCUUCUACAACAACCGGCCGUGGGGACCUGCAGAGGGCCAGAACACCCACGAGUGCCAAAGGUGUGACUGCAACGGGCACUCGGAGACCUGCCACUUUGACCCCGCUGUGUUUGCUGCCAGCCGGGGGACAAGCGGGGGUGUGUGUGACAACUGCCGGGACCACACCGAGGGCAAGAACUGCCAGCGCUGUCAGCUUCACUAUUUCCGGAACAGGCGACCCGGCGCUCCCAUUCACGAGACCUGUAUCCCCUGCGAGUGUGACCCAGAUGGGGCAGUCCCAGGAGCUCCCUGUGACCCAUUGACUGGCCAGUGUGUGUGCAAAGAGCAUGUGCAAGGAGAGCGCUGUGACCUUUGCAAGCCUGGCUUCACCGGACUCACCCUCACCAACCCACAGGGCUGCCACCGUUGUGACUGCAGCAUCUUGGGUGCCCGGCGAGAUAUGCCUUGUGAGGAGGAAACUGGGCGCUGCUUGUGUCUGCCCAAUGUGGUGGGCCCCAAAUGUGAUCAGUGCGCCCCUGCCCACUGGAAGCUGGCCAGUGGCCGGGGCUGUGAGCCCUGUGCCUGUGACCCUCGUAACUCCCUCAGCCCCCAGUGUAACCAGUUCACAGGCCAGUGUCCUUGUCGGGAAGGGUUUGGUGGCCUCACGUGCAGCUCUGCCGCCAUCCGACAGUGUCCCGACCGGACCCAUGGAGACGUGGUCACAGGGUGUCGAGGCUGUGACUGCGACUUCAGAGGAACUGAGGGUCCCGGCUGUGACAAAGCCUCAGGCCACUGCCUCUGCCGCCUCGGCUUGACGGGCCCCCGCUGUGACCAGUGCCAGCGAGGAUACUGUGACAGCUACCCAGUAUGUGUGGCCUGUCACCCUUGUUUCCAGGCCUAUGACGUGGACCUCCAGGAGCAGGCUCGGCGCCUCGGCAGUCUUCGUAAUGCCACUGACGGCCUGCGGACAGGGCCAGGUUCCGAGGACCAUGGCAUGGCCUCUCGGUUGCUAGAUGCCAAGAACAAGAUGGAGCAGAUUGGACAGAUCCUAGGGGACAGCUCUGUCACAGAGCAGGAUGUAGCUCAGGUGGCCAAUGCCAUCUCGUCUAUCAGGCGGACUCUUCAGGGCCUGCCGCUGGACCUGCCCUUACAGGAGGAGAUGGAGUCCUUCUCUGCAGACCUGGGGAAUCUGGACAGAAGCUUCAACCGCCUCCUCCUCAUGUACCAGAGCAAGAAGGAGCAAUUCGAGAAGCUAAGCAGUGCUGACCCUUCAGGUGCCUUCCGCAUGGUGACCUCCGCUUACGAGCAGUCCUCCCAGGCUGCGCAGCAGGUGUCCGACAGUUCCAGCCUGCUGAGCCAGCUGAGGGAUAGUCGCAGGGAGGUGGCGGGGCUGGAGAGGCAGGCUGGGGGAGGAGGAGCUGGAGGAGCCCAGCUUGUGACCCUGCGCCUGGAGAUGGCCUCACUGCCUGACCUGACACCCACCAUCAACAAGCUCUGUGGCGGCUCUAGGCAGACAGCCUGUACCCCAGGACUGUGCCCAGGAGAGCUGUGCCCCCAGGACAAUGGCACAGCCUGCGGAUCUCACUGCAGGGGAGCCCUGCCCAGAGCCAAAGGGGCCUUCCGCAUGGCAGGGCAGGUAGCUGAGCAGCUACGGGGCUUCAAUUCCCAGCUCCAGCAGACCAGGCAGAUGAUCAGGGCAGCCGAGGAAGCGGCAUCCAGGGUCCAGUCAGACGCGCAGCGCCUGGAGACCCAGGUGAGCACCAGCCGCCUGCAGAUGGAGGAAGAUGUCCGGCGCACGCGGCUUCUCAUCCAGCAGGUCCGGGCCUUCCUCACGGACCCUGACACAGAUGCGGCCUCCAUCCAAGAGAUCAGUGAAGCAGUGCUGGCUCUCUGGCUGCCCACAGACUCAGCCACAGUGCUGCGCAAGAUGAAAGAGAUCCAAGCUAUUGCUGCCAGGCUCCCCAAUGUGGACCUGGUGCUCUCCCAGACCAAGCAGGACAUUGCACGUGCCCGCAGGCUCCAGGCAGAGGCCGAGGAGGCCAGAGGCCGAGCCCAAGCUGUGGAAGGGCAGGUGGACGACGUGAUUGGGAACCUUCGGCAGGGCACCGUGGCUCUGCAGGAAGCCCAGGACACUAUGCAGGGCACUGGCCGCUCUCUUCGGCUCAUCCAGGAAAGGGUUGCUGAGGUCCAGCAGGUGCUGGGGCCAGCCGAGAGGCUGGUGACAGGCAUGAAGGAGCAGAUGAGUGGCUUCUGGGCACAGAUGGAGGAGCUCCGCCGCCAGGCCCAGGAGGGGCAGGCACAGGCAAUGCAGGCCCAGCGGCUUGCAGAGGGUGCCAGCCAGCAGGCGCUGAGUGCCCAGGAGGGCUUUGAGAGACUCAAGAGAAAGUAUAGAGAGUUGAAGAACCGGCUGGGCCAGAGUCCUGCACUGGGCGAGCAAGGCAGUCGGAUCCUGAGCAUCAAGACUGAGGCUGAGGAGCUGUUUGGGGAGACCAUGGGAAUGAUGGACAGAAUGAAAGACAUGGAGUCAGAGCUGCUUCGUGGGAGUCAGGCCAUCAUGCUGCGCUCAGCGGACCUGUCAGGGCUAGAGAAGCGCGUGGAGCAGAUCCGAAGUUACAUCAAUGGGCGUGUGCUGUACUAUGCCACCUGCAAGUGACCUGAAGCCCCACCUCCUCACUUCCCCUCUCCACCUGGAAGGGCACGCUGGGGAGGGGAGUGUUCCUGGACUGUGACACUCUACGUUUCGUUGCACACUCGGUCACUGGGUGUGCUGCUGACUGUAUUGAGCCUGUGCUUGCAUGACCACAUUUAAAGGAGAGGUGGUGCAAGGGGUGAGCCUCAGGACUCAGAGCGCUUAGCUAAGGGAGCUGGGCUGGACAGCGUGCCCCACACCUACUCCUACCCCCACUGUGGUAGAAUCUGGGACCACACAGAAACGGAAUAAAGAGUGAUGUAUGAA